AUGGCUUGGCCUAUGUUAUUGAGCGACUACCCAUCUUCUGAAGCCCCCUCCUCCAACAGCUCCAUCUUCCCCUUCCUCGACUUCUUCCUCGACCGCCCCAGACAGCCCUUCCAGUCCAAGCCGCAGGCGGCGAUCGACGCGAUGCCGGCGCCAAGCAGCACGGCCACAACAACAACCACGGCGAACCCGACGACCGCACCCGUGCUGUGUGCCGAGCUGUCGCCCUUCUGGGCGCUCGUGUGCGAUGCCGACGCGAGCAGGGACAGGGUGGUGAUGUCGCGCAGCGGCGUCGGAUCGGCAUGCCGGGCGCAUCUUGCGGGUGGCGUACUGUGGGGGCUGUUACGCGAGCGAGGCGGGAGAGCCGUGGUUUUCGUUGGCGAGUCCGUUAUCGACGAGUUUGUGGGACCAGGAGCGGCCAAGGUCUUGGCCCAGGGAAAGGCUGCCGAGGUGGAGGGCGCUCAGGAGGGCUGUAUCUAUGCGGAGUGUAUAAAGGAGGAUGGCGGCGUGGCUGCUCUCGAGGGGAGCCGGCAGGAUGGGGAGACUGGCAGCGCUGCUGACUUUGGAGAACGGGUCCAGACCCCGUUCAAGAACGAGAAUAUCACCGCCAUUGGGAUUCCGUAUAAUGGGAAAGAUGGAGAUCUGGAGAGGCCAGAGGAUAUCUGA